CGUGGUUCGCCACGACAGGAGGGCGUGAGGAAACUCCACUUCCCAGAACCGUUGGUGUCCACACCGACCAGGACCCACAAGACCGUUUGUUCACUGGGCAGCAGACGGUCCGUCCCGGGUGCAGCUGUGCGGGGACAGGCAACAAGUGUCUGAUCGAAUCAAACGAUUUCAUGUCGCACAGGGCUUCCAACGCGUCGGACAGUUUGAGCGCAGUGUCUGGGGAGUGAGCAGAGCUGCCCUGCUAACUGACCGGGAGCUAGUUCCUGGCUAACAACAGAUGCCACCGUCGCUGGGAUAUCCACGCUCUGUCGGACAACUUAGUCUCCCCGAAUCACCGCGUGUGUCGCCCAGUGGCGUCCAGAGAAGCGCCUGCGAUGGAGGAAGUGGACACGAUUCUGAUUCACGCUCUCAAACAAGUCGGCACAAUCGGUCUGGAUCUACUCCAUAGGGAAGUGAUGUCCCUCGGCAGAAAACCUGCCAGCUCCAAUCACGAGCGAUUAUCUGACAAUGGGCGGGGCUUAUACCACGACGCGGACGGAAGCCACUUUUGUAAACAACCGAGGCUGCAGGUGAUGAACGAGCAUUUGACUAAAAGUACCCGAUACUGUUGUAAAUUCCCCUUUAUUUUGAUUAACGUUGUCAUCAUUUACCUUUUUGGCAGCCGGUGUAGGUCCUGACCUUGGUUUACAUUUUACAGGCAUGUUUAAACAUGUUACAGGGCGUUCGCGAAGAGAGGAGGUGAGUGAGGAGAUUGACAGUGUCAAACAGUUCAGCAGUGAGCUGAUAGUGAAGGCGGUGGUCAGAUGUAUCCAGGUGAUCGAUCCAGGGCUGGGCAGCGGGCUGCCCACAUCCCUUCCUCCGGGCAUGUCUGCUCGUUUCAGAGUGGGCAUGAGCCUGGCACAAGCCUGUCAGGACAUUGGUUAUAAAGGAGAGAUAGGCUAUCAGACCUUUCUGUACAGCAACGAGCCUGAGAUCCGAUCCCUGCUCAUGUGCCUUGUGGAGAAACUGCCAAGAGAGAGUGCUGAAACCUCAGACCAGCCAACAGGUAAAUCGCUGGUCCUCCAGAGAGCCAUUGCUGCUGCAGUCCAAGCCCAGCUUGCUGUCCCCUGGCUGCCCACAAACUGCAGACUGCCACUGCACGUUGAAACACAAAGUCCAGAAGCAUUGCACAGCUUCCACGUUCUGCCCCUCAGUUUAUCACACUUCACUAAAGGCCCAGGGAAGAAACAGCUGAAAGAGACGGACUACCAGCGAGACACUCUUCCUCCUGUGACUGCUCAGCUUUCCCAUCAUGCCUCUUUGAUGGUAUCCAUACUAGAGCAGCACACCGCUGAGCUGAGUGCUGCUCAGGAGUGGGACAACGAGUGGAACAGUCAGGGACUCCUGUCUUGCCUCACUCCACAGAAGUAUCGAUCAAGAAAACUGACUCGACUGCGGAAACGUAUAAAGGAGCAGCUGUGUUCCGCUGAACUCCCCUCUCCUGAAAGUGCCUUUGGUGGUCCUCACUCGUCCUCUGACCUGUGUGAGCUACUGCAGGUCUUCAAAGGCUCCGCCCCCUCUGACCAUAUCCUAACCAAGAGCACCCACUUCAGCCACACUCAGAAGUUCACCUUUGAACAGGUGAAAACCACUCCACCAGCACAAUGCUAUAAAAUACUUUUUGCAGUGAGUAACUUCUGUGCUUGUGGGCUUGUGUUUCUCCAGGAGUCGGCAUCAGUAACCAGCUCCAUCCCCUCUGUGCAUCAGUCAGAGAGUGAUAUCCAGCACCGUCAGCAGGAGGAGCUGGCUUCACUCCAGCAGCAAUUCCAGCAGCUCUGCAGUAAUGUCGACCAACUAACAGCAGACAUGAAGCACAUGAGUGUCACUAAUGCACAGGUGUUGAAUGAGCUAAAGCAUAAAGAACUGGGGAACUCUGAAAAAGAAGACAAAAUGCAGGUGAAGAAGAAAACAAUUGACCUUUUGCCAGAUGCAGAUAACAACCUGUUGAAGCUUCAGGCUUUGGUAGAGGCCAGCACCAAGCGGUUGGUGAACCUGGCCUCUCAGUGGGAGAAACGCCGUGCACCUCUAAUGGACGAGCACCGCCGACUCAAAGAAAUCUGCAGCAACCGUGAUCUGGAGUCUUCCAGAAAGCUGUCUGAAAUCAAGUCUCUGCAUGACAAAAUUUGUGUCUCGACGGUGGACGCCAGGAAAAAAGAAGACAUCUACAAACAACUGGUUACAGAGUUAGAGAAUCUUCCCCGGGAUGUGUCUCGGUCAGCAUACACUCAGAGGAUUCUAGAGAUUGUCAGCAACAUCAAGAAACAAAAAGAGGAAAUUACAAAGAUUUUGGCAGAUACUAAGGAGCUCCAAAAAGAAAUCAACCACCUGACAGGAAAGCUGGACAGGACCUUUGCUGUGACUGAUGAGCUGGUCUUCAAGGAUGCCAAAAAAGAUGAAUCUGUCCGCAAAUCCUACAAGUACCUGGCGGCCCUGCAUGAAAACUGUAAUCAAUUGAUCCAAACCAUCGAGGAGACGGGUACGAUUUUGAGAGAGAUUCGAGAUCUAGAGGAACAGAUUGAGACAGAAAAUGGUAACAAAACUGUGGCAAACCUGGAGAGGAUUCUGGAUGAUUACAAGUCUAUUCGACAGGAAAACUCUGCACUCGCUGCAAAAGUCCGAGAAGGCUGAGGGUUGUCCGGGUUGCUCUGCUCUGCCUGCUGAGGCUAAAGUUGGAAAAAAAAUCUGGAGCUAUAGAUUUACCUUGAUGGGUCAAAGCAGCACUUCAGGUUUCUGGUGAAGAGACUGCCAUUGGUGACAUGCUUUUCUUUUAAAAGGCAAGUAGUUUUUUUUACUGUGGAAAUAAUCGAUAUGGAGGGAUGAAGAAGACAGUUAGUUUUUCUGUUUCAAACUGAUUUCUGUGGCUAGUUUGAUUUUGUACCCAAAUGAAACAUGACACUGGACAGCAGAUGGUGCUGUCAGCCCUCUUCUGUUUAAAUGUAUAGUUAUUCAUAUUGUUGUAUGCAAAGUUUUCAUAUCUUGAUUAAAAUGAAAUCUUUAAAUUGGAUUUUUUUAAUGCAGUAAUACUCUAAUCAAACAUACAUUGGUAGUUUAUUUCUACCAUGAUUAUAUUUGACCUGAAUAUGUUUAGUGGUAUUUGAAUGUAGUCCAAUAAUGUAGGCCAGCCCCAUCAGCAAUGUGUAUAUUUGGCACCAGCUUGAAUAAUGAUGCCUUAAAACUCGAAUGGGGGUACCAUCAACUAUUUAAUUUAACACCCGAAUAGAUUGUCUUAGAUUAUAAAAAAAUGUUUUGCGGAAAUAGUUGCUGAAUUACACUUUUAAUAUUUGACAGGACUUUAAAUGUGCUUGUUGUUGAUCAGUUGGUACAGAUGCCAAUUUCACAAAAUUUAGUAGAGUAAUGGAUUAAAGAAUGUCUUGUUUUGAGUUUUACCUUCUGAUUUAGUAGUAUUCAACACUGUUGCUGCGUGGAAACUUAAGUUUGAAAAGAAUGACAUCUAUGGGCAUAUUGCGAAGGUACCAGGCCCACAACAUAGAGAUGACCCUAAAAAUCAUAUAUAUAAAUAAACUGGUACUGCAAUUUGA